AUUAAAUGUGAAACAACUCGAAACGCGAUCUAUCUGUGAAUUAUUUUAUCGAAAUAUAUCUUAAAACCUAAACAAUAUAAAAACAUUUAAAAAUGAGUAAAAUAAAGGAGUGGGAAGAGAAUGAAGAAAUAAAGUAUUUUCGGGAGUAUCUACGAAUUCCAAGUGUUCAUCCAAACAUAAAUUAUGAAUCCUGCAUUGAAUUUUUAAAACGACAAGCUUCUGAUCUUAAUCUUCCCCUUAAAAUAUACUACCCAGUGAAUUCGGAAAAUCCAGUUGUAGUAAUAACAUGGAUCGGAACUCAGCCCGAUUUACCAGCUGUUGUUUUAAAUUCACACAUGGAUGUUGUGCCUGUUUUCGAAGAAAAUUGGAAACAUCCACCAUUUGGGGCUGAUAUGGACGAAGAAGGUAGAAUAUUUGCACGUGGAGCACAAGAUAUGAAAUGUGUUGGAAUGCAAUAUCUGUCAGCAAUUCGAGCUCUUAAGAAAGAAGGCAAAACUUUUAAACGGACAAUUCAUCUAACUUUUGUAGCAGAUGAAGAACUCGGUGGUGGACGUGGAAUGAAACCGUUUGUUCUAACCGAUGAUUUCAAAAACUUAAAUGUUGGGUUUUCUCUGGACGAAGGAAUAGCAGCCCCGGGUGAAGUCUAUCCUGUUUUCUAUGCUGAACGUAGUAUUUGGAGAAUUUUCUUUAAAAUUAGAGGAACUACUGGACAUGGGUCAUUGCUGCACAAAAAUACAGCCGGUGAGAAGCUUCAAUAUAUAGUAAAUAAAAUGAUGGGACUUCGAGCUGAGCAAGUGCUUCACUUAGAGAAAAAUACAAAUCUUAAAGUUGGAGAUGUAACAACAGUUAAUUUGACCCGUCUACAAGGAGGCGUUCAAACAAAUGUUGUCCCAGCACUUUUAGUGGUAGGAUUUGAUGUAAGGCUAGCCAUUAAUGUGGAUCAUGUAGUUUUUGAAAAACAGUUACUUCAAUGGUGUGAAGAGGCGGGUGGCAAUAUCACAAUUGAAUAUGAAACAAAAAGACCAUAUGUGGAACCAACAAAAACUGAUGACAGUAACUCUUAUUGGGUAGCUUUUAAGAGCGCUAUUGAUGAACUAGGUCUAAAAAUUGAGCUUGAAGUGUUCCCCGGUGGAACUGACAGCCGAUAUAUCCGACAGGUUGGAAUUCCAGCCUUAGGAUUCUCCCCAAUGAAUCACACGCCAGUGCUCCUUCACGACAACGAUGAGUUCCUCAAAGCUGAAACUUACCUUAGAGGUGUGGAGAUCUACAAAACCAUCAUUCCAAAACUAGCAAAUGUUUAAUAAGAGAUAAAACAUACAACAAAACAUUGUUUUGUAAUUAAAAAAUCGUUUCUUUCGGUAUAUUUUCUGUUUUCUUUUUUGUUUUUAAGUAUACAUCUAAAAUAAAAAAUAUUUUACUCAUAUCAUC